UUGUCCAACACCAGUGGGAUCAGGGCUGGACCACAGAAGCACAGAGGAACCAAAGGAAUACCACCUGGUAAGUCUCUACCACGGUUUCUGGGGACCAGAAAAUCAGGCGUAGCUGAAGCGAACAUCUGGACCAAAGAGUCUGCUGAUUCUGACGGGACCAAAAGACAAAAGAAAAUCCUCACUUGUCUUGAACGGGAGCAGCCCAGAGAGAUGUUGGUUUUGAGGACAUUGGUUCUGCUUGGUUUGAGCCGGUUGUGUCCAGCGGCGUCCCGUGACCCAUGGGGCCAAUGUCCCAUCACAAGACAAUGUAAAGACAAGUUUGGAGAUGGGUCGUGUGACAAGGAGUGUAUGGAACCCAAGUGUCUUCGAGAUGGCUUCGACUGUCUGAAGGACAGGAGCCACUGCAAUCCGGGCCAUAUCCAGUACUGCCGGGAUCACUAUGCAAAUUCCCACUGUGAACAAGGUUGUGACAGCGCCCCCUGUGGCUGGGAUGGCAGCGACUGCUUCACACACCAGAGCCCACUGUGGGCCAAAGGCACCCUGGUCCUUCAUACACACAUCCCUCGGCAGCGUGGUACCUUCACCAACACUUCCCUGCUCUGGGCUCUCAGCGUCCUCCUCCAGACAUCACUCAAACUGAGAGGCUCCGCCCCCUUUUCCAUCAACAAGGAUUUAUUGACCUUCGAACCCCAGCAGCUGUCCAACCUGCUGGCUCAGGGCUCCUCCGCUGACUCAGAUGGCUCCCUCCUCUUCCUCCAAGUGGACAACAGACCAUGUUCCCGCCUCCCCUCCACAUGUUUCCCUCAUGCAACUGAGGCGGCCAGCUUCCUGCGUGCUGUGAUGUCACUGCGGCCAGCAACCCUCGCCUCCCUCCCCGAGAUGAAGGCUGUCAUCAGUGUGAUAGGUGUCGGUGACGAAAUUGGAGCCCGCCAGGAGGAAAAGGUGGAAAAGGAAAUAAAAGAACCCACCCCUGCCUGGCUUUGGGCCGUCAUCGCAGUCGCCGUGGGCCUGGGCCUGAUCUUGGCCUUGGUGGUUUUUCUGGUGGUGAGGAGAAUCAGGCAGCGGCAGGUGGACAGCGAAAGCGAAGACAGGGUGAGACACCGCUCCACACUGACCAACAGAGAAAAAGAUGGCGACGCCAAGGCCUGGACAAUGCACAAACACCAACAGGAACAGAGGGCCCGCUCCGGGAGAGAGAGAGAGAAGAACAGCUUAAGGAAGAAGAAGAAAGUAAAGGAGGCAGAGAAGAAGAGGAGGAGGGAGCCGCUGGGGGAGGACGCCAUGCGGAUGCGGCCUCUGAAAAGGGAGCUGGACAUCGGUAGUGACACAGACUUCACCCAGAGCUCCAUGGAGGACAUCAACUCUCGAUGUUCCAGACGUCAGGAGGACAACUCCAUCUGCGACCACCGGAACCCGGAGCAGAAACACUACCGGCCUGGCCACCCACAGCCCCACCGCCCUAUACAACCUCCACCGAGAGGAUGGGAAAGGAACGCCAUCCCUCCACCACUGCUCAGUCCUCCGCAACAGUCGGCUCCAGUGCAGUGGUGUGGUCCAGAUGGCUCUGUGGUUCUGAUCCGGGCAGUCCGUAGUGGGCUGGACAGGGUGGUCCUAGAGUUACUACGGGCGGGAGUACCGGUCAACAACACUGAUCAUACUGGCAGAUCAGCCCUGCACUGGGCAUGCUCAGUAAACCACCUCUCCCUAACACGGACGCUCAUUCGCUAUGGGGCCGCUGUGGACCUGCAGGACAACAAGGGCGAAACACCUCUGUUCCUCUCCGCCAUCCAUGGUUGCUAUGACACUGCCAGGCUCCUCCUCCUCAAUGGCGCCAAUCUUGAUCUUUGUGACCGGAGAGGACGUUGUCCUAUUGAUGUGGCUCGAGAGGGCAUGCGCCACCAGGUUCUGGAGCUCCUAUUGGCUCACAGGAUGCAGAGAGGCCCUGCACCUGUGGAACCAGCCAAUGAGAUGCUGUGGGAGGAGCGUGCUCUGAUGUAUUCUCCAUGGGUAGGAACAACACCAGGCUUGUCUGGGAGAAGUGCAUCCUUCUCGGGGGUCAUAGGGCAUAGAGAUAUGACCCCACCACCACAAAGUGACUGGUCGAUGGGCCGAAUGCAAUAUCCGUCCCCUCAGAACUGGCGACCACAGCUCAACCAGUCAGCAACAGCACUAGUCCCUCCAAGGGUCAUGGGUCGCUCACCUCGGCCAAUCAGCACCUUACAGGAGGUGACCUCGGAGGCUGAGGAUGAGGAUCGUGAAAGGUUACAGGAAGUUCCCAGAGCAGCAACGCCUCACUUCCUGUCACCUCAGCCCGCCCCUCGCCAGCGAUCCUUCUCUUGCACCCAGCAUGCUUUGCAACGUCGAUCCAGCACCCACCAGCCUGAUCCCAAUUAUGUUAUUGUUACAGACAAACCAGCCAAUGAGUCCACACAUAGAGUGAUUGUGGCCCCUCCCAUUGAUGUUCCCAGCCAAUCAGAUCGUCCACCAGUUGCAGACAGUAGCAACAACCUCAGCAGAGGAGAGCCAGUGGCAGCAAACUCAGAUCAUAAACACACAUGUGAGCGGCUUAACAACACCACAGACUUGAGCCAAACAGCAUUGUAGAGAAGAGGAGCAUGAAACGUUUCCUCCAAAGCAUUUCAGCAAUGGCUGCAUCCAUUUCCCAAUAAGAUUUAAUGCUUAAGAACACGUGAUGUCCAUCCAUCCAUUUUCGGAACCGCUUAUCCUGCUCUCAGGGUCACGGGGAUGCUGGAGCCUAUCCCAGCAGUCAUUGAGCGGCAGGCGGGGAGACACCCUGGACAGGCCGCCAGACUAUAACACAGGGCCGACAUAUACACACACACACACACACACACACACACACACACACACACACACACAUUCAUACCUAGGGACAAUUUAGUAUGACCGAUUCACCUGACCUACAUGUCUGGACUGUGGGAGGAAACCGGAGCUCCUGGAGGAAACCCACGCAGACACGAGGAGAACAUGCAAACUCCACACAAGAUGACCCGGGACGACCCCCCCGGGGUUGGACUACCCUGGGGCUCAAACCCAGGACCUUCUUGCUGUGAGGCAACCGCGCUAACCACUGUGCCACUGUGCCGCCCGAACAUGUGAUGUGAAUAAGUAAAUGUCUUACAAAACUAUAUUAAAGCACCAUAUCAAAGUAGACCAAGAGGCAGUGGGUUGGGGUUAAACACGUCUGUCAUUCCAUGGUCUAUUGUCGUAGUGUGGUAUUGUCUGUUGUAUUGGCAAAUCCAAUGUGAGAAAGAGGAUUGGUAAAAUAAAUUAUAUAAGGCGGUCAAACAGGAAUACUUUCCAGGGCCCUCAGCUGGAUGUGGCCCUGAAAUGUGUCUGUUAUCAUGUUUAAUGGAUGAUCGUGACUUCCCGGUAGGCAUUUGUAUAGUAUAGAGUAGCUUAUAUUUAAAUAAUGUAUGUCUAUCUCUGGCCAACUGAAAGAGAGAGGUCACUAGUGCCCUUUCCCUCUUUCACCUAACAUCACCAGUUCCAAUAUCAGCUGUGUGUUGGGAUGUGUUCAGUGCUAUAACACAACCAUAUAUAACACGCUAAAGAGGUUUGGGUUGAGAUCCUGUGGGAUGUGCUGAACAUUUUUCCAAGUUUGAGAUUUUGAGGAUUAUUUGAAACUGAAACGCUUUCUUUUUUUUCCAUUUUUAAUAAUUUUCUUUCUAGAAACACUCUCAACUUAUUUAUUAAUAUUGAAUUUCAAAUUUUAAGUUUGUGCCACUAAUGCCACUUAAGAUCCUUUGCUCCUCAAAACAUGGUUUACAUUUUAUUUAUCUGUCACCUGUGUAUCACAUGAAACUUCCACAUCUUGUGGACCUUUUAAUACCCAACAUUCGCACCGUCUUGAUAUCCAAUACGUUAUAGUCUGAUUAUUGCAGAUAUAUAAUGUUCAAUUGUGCAGAGUUGUUAAAAAUACUUGUUUGUGUAAUAAAAAUACUAAUUUCAA